UUACAAUUGAUUAACGGAGACUAGAGUGGUGGAAAUGGAAUACGUCCUCUAAGGAAUGAGAACCAUCAUGACAUCACCUGUCUGCUCUAUCACGUGUGGCCCGUGCAGCCGAUCUCAUGCAUGUCCCUCCCGCAAAGUUCAAUGCAAGUUCAAUGCGCUUCGCGCACGUCCGAAUCAAGCAUCACUGCAUUGAUGUCUAAUCGAACUCAACCGCGGGAAUCACUUCCGGCAUAUAUUACCUCCGGUACCUGUCCCAGGAACUACCAGUGACCACAGAAUCAGCGCUCCCAGAUAAAGGCCAUGGCAGAAGACCAUGAUGAGUCGAGUUCGCGUCGAUACAAUCCUGUGAUAAAUCCUUUCCAUACCAAGCCAGUCUGGGUUGAUGGACAAGAACAUCUCUUUUUCCAAUCGCCGCUCCUCGGGGCCCUUCUCUUCGAGAAUACCGCUUCAGACGCCCGCGAUCACUGCGCCAAUGAACGCACCUUUCUUUCUUGGGUCCGUCUUUCCAUGUACCUCUCCGUUGUGUCUGUCGCUAUCAUAAUCUCGUUCCAUUUUCGCGGUGAGCCCACCCUGCUGGAGCGACGGAUGGCGCUUCCGUUGGGUUUGAUCUUCUGGGUUCUCAGUUUGAUAUGUCUGGCCAAUGGUUUUGGUAAUUAUGUCUAUACAGUGAGAAAGUAUAGUCAUAAGGCUGCUUUGGUGCAGAGUGGGUGGAAGACGCAAGCGGUGGUUGUUAUUCUGGCCAUAGUGAUCUUGGCCAGUUGCAUUCUGUUCAUCGUCGUCGAUGCUGGUGUUCGUUAGCGGAUGGGCUAUCGGCAUAUAUAUAUAUAUAUGAACUGUCUUUUAAUAAUUGUAUAUAGCUUAGGCGGAUAUGUCCAUAUACUAUAUUCGCACAUUAAUUAAAUACACAUAGUCAUCAGGU